AGAAACUGUUCAGUUGAUGCUAGCAAGCCAAACAUUGUGUUAGAUCCCUAAUAUCUGUGGUCAUGAAUUCCGGCCAAUUCCAAUUCUCGUCUGGAUCCCACAGGAGUGGUGCAGGGUGUGAUUUGACCCUGCUAGGAAGUGCGUACAGACCUUCAAGCGUAUAUGGAGGGGCCCUUGGCACAUCUGUCUCCAUUUCCUCCACUAGGCCCCUCUGGCUGGCCUCUGGAGUGGGGGUAUCUUGGGGAUCCCUUGGUGAAUGCAGUGGAGAUAGUGUCUUUCUGGGUGGGAAUGAGAAACAGACCAUGCAAAACCUGAAUGAACGUUUGGCUGCUUAUCUGGAGAAGGUACGUUCUCUGGAAGCAGCAAAUGCUCAGCUGGAGAACUGCAUUUUGGAGUGGCACAAGAAAAAGUCUAAUGAAACAGUGCAGGACUUCAACCAAUACAAGCAAAACAUCGUUGACACGCAGGGACAGAUUGAAGAGGGCAAAAUCACCAAUGCCAAAAUUCUUCUGAGUAUUGAUAAUGCUAAAAUAGCAUCUGAAGAUUUGAAUCUCAAGUAUCAGAUGGAGCAGUCACUCAGGCAGGGAAUGCAAAUCAAUGUUGAGAACCUGCGUAAGGAAGUUGACAACCUGACCAUUGUCACAACAGAUCUGGAAAUGGAGAUUGAAGGCAUACAGGAGGAGCAGAUCCUCAGGAAGAAAGACCAUGAGAAGGAUAUGGCGGCACAUCAUUCAUCAAAGGAUGUCAAGGUCAAUGUGAAAGUGAAUGCAGUGCAGCAAGAUUUGGCCAAGAUUCUAGCAGGGAUAAGAAAGGAUUAUGAAGCCAUCAUUGAAAAGAAUCACCAAGACCUUGAGGCCUGGUACAAAGAGCAGACUGCAACUGUGUCCCCUGUGGCAAAUAUCAGCCCAGAAGAAAUAAAGAGCAAUGAGAGUGAGAUCAAGAACCUGAGGCGAACUUUUCAGGCAUUGGAGAUUGAGUUGCAAGCACAAUUUAGCAAGAGAUGUGCACUGGAAGGUACUUUGGCUGAGACCCAGGGUUACUAUACUCUUGAGCUCCAGAAUAUACAACAAUUCAUCUCCAAAUGUGAGGAAGAGCUGAGCCAACUCCGUCAAGACAUCAAGUGCCAGAACAAUCAGUACAAGAUCCUCCUUGGGAUCAAAACCCGCCUGGAAAAGGAGAUUUCGACUUAUCGUCAGCUCCUGGAGGGAAAAGUUUGUGGUAUAACAGAAAACUCUGAAUCAAGCAUUAAAGAACAUGCUAGAACAACCAGUCGAAAGAUUAAAACAAUCAUGGAGGACAGCGUGAAUGGACAGGUGGUGAACUCCACUGUAAAUGAAAUUGACCAGCAGAUCUGAAGCAAGGAACAUAGUAGGUCUUAGCUCUAUCAAUGGCCUCAUAUUUGACGUUGGGCAAAUCUCUUCCAUGUUUUGUGUUUCAGUUUCUCCAUGUGAAAAAUCAAGGAGAGUCAUCCUGAUCUCCUUUCUAAAGCUCUUUGAAAGCCACAGAUGAAAAGUUUUAUAUAAGAGCUAAAUGGAAGUAUCUUGUUUUUAAAGAAAAGUUCUUUUAUGCACCAAGACAUGGAAGAAAAGCUAGUCAAUGAAAAUAACUCCGCAAUGGUACUGAAUGUGGUAUACAUUUCUCACCAAGGCCAUGAAUCUGCCUUCUAUAAUUGACAUAUUGUUUUCCAAACUGACUGUAACCAAUGUGAAUUUAAUAAUUUUCUACCUUCACUAUCAGUCUGUUUCUUUUUAUCUUUAACAAUAAACGCUAAUAAAAUA